AUGACCGAUGCUCAAGAUACCAUCAAGCCAAGCAAUCUGACACCUGAUGUCUUAGAAGCGGCGAGUAUUCUGAUAGCGAUGAAGCGUGGAAUGCGAUAUUUUCUCUUAGAAGCUCAACAAGCACGCCAUCAGCUCUCUUUCUUGGAUUUCGCAGCACUCAAUCCUGGUUCCGCUCAAGUUCAUUUUCUUGCUGGUCACAGAAUUCCAUUUUCACCCCUCUAUGAUAUUACUCCCAUGCCAGCGGCUUACCAUUUUCCAUUAGCGCAGCCGGUUGCGUAUUAUGGGAUGUUGGCUUCGCCUUCGUGUUAUGUAGGGCUGUCCAGGGAGCGCGGAGCAUCUAUGGAGGGUGUUGUGGACAGUGAAAGUACUCAAUCAGCUCCAAAGAGGAUGCGGUUGUCCACUACGACUACAAGUUCUCCUGAAUGUGCAGCCAACGAGAAGCAAGAAUCGAAGAGAAGAAGAAAAAACUACACCAAAGAACAACUUGAGAUUCUCGAAGCCGCGUACGCUGAAAUGAAAUACCCACACAUAGAAGAACGAUUAAAGCUGGAGAAAGUUACAAAACUGACAGAAGACCGGAUACAAGUUUGGUUUCAAAAUCGACGCGCAAAAGACCGGAAAAGAAUUGAGCCUGAGAAAUACCAAAAAUACGUUGAGGACACUCAAAAAAUUACCGGCGAAGGCCAAAAAAAUGACGCCGAGGAAAAAAGUCCGAGUGAAAGUCCAAUUCAAGGUGCGCGACCAAAACAAAGACAAAACAGUAGUAGCGAUACAAGUGACAAUGCGUGUGGGGAAUUUGACAAUUUCACUUUUAGUGGACCUCAAACAGAAUAA